AAAGUCUUGUCACGAGUGGGCGGGGCAGGGUGAUGUAUGAUCUGAAAGGCCGGGAGUGACUGACGACUGUCAGUGUGUGUGUGUGCCUGUGAGUCUGUGUGUGUGUGACAGUAUCAUUGUGUGCGAUUCUGAGUGUCACUUGGUGCAGCUGUCAGCUAAUGUGACUGCGUGUGUCAGUGUGCAUGGAGCUGGCACUGCAUGUGGCUGUGCAAGUGUGGGAUUAUGUGUGUAUCUGUCAAUGCACAUUUUUGGUGGGACUGGGUUGUGUGUUUGUGUGAGAGGGACUGUGACCACAUUAGGGAAUGUGUUUUGGGAAGGUCUCUGUGGGGUUUGAGACCAUGUCUGCCAGCAUGAGAGUGGGUGGCUGGCUUUGUGUGUGCCAAUGUGUGACUUCAGCAGUAGCAGAGCAAAAGUGAGGUUUGUGACUAUGUGUGUGUGCUGGGUCCUAACUUAAACCGUGUGGGAGUACAGCUGUAUUCCUGUAUUGGGGGACCUACUUCAAAAGCCCAUGGGACUGACCUUUCUCUUAAGAGUCCAGCAUGGACGGACACACCCACAACACACGUGGCUUCCCCUCCUUCUUCCUCUGCUCAAGAAUCCCCAGCAUCAGGUCUACUGCUCCUUACUUUCUGUUUCCCUGCUUGACUCAGUUUCCCUUACAUGCCGUUUUCUCUCCCUAUUGCUGUCUUACUAGAGAUAUCUCUGCGUGUUUCUUCAUAGCUUUGUUCCCCUGGUCUCUGUGUGGUUGCAUUUCCAGUUUUGCCUCUCCUGUCUCUUUGUUUCUCCCUGUGCCCCUAUGCCUGCCUUCCCUGCUGAUCUUGAUCUCUUUGGCUAGUUGGGGGCCUGUAACAGUGAUGAGAUGCAGGUCUGCCACUGCUAAGAGCUCCCUGAGAGAGGGGGCUUAGACUAUGAUGAGGAGUUGCUUUUAGGCGGUGCUGUGAGCCCUGGUAGGGGCUGUGUAUGUGUGUGACUGCGUGAGUUUAUGAAUAUGUGUAAGUGUAUCUGAGUCUGAGGCUGUGUGGCUGUGCCCGUGUGACUGUGAGUGACCGCAUUUGAGAGUGUGUAAGUCUGAGGGUAACUGUGGGUCUUGUGUAUCUGGCACCAAGGGACCAAAGGCAUUUCCUGGUGCUGGGGCCCAAAGAGUGGAGGGGAGGUGAGAAAUGGCUGGAACUUCCAGGGGAGGGGGAACUACACUCUUUGGCCUCUCCUUAUAUCCCCCAACUUGGGGCCUCCUUUCCCCUGGAAGCACAGCCAGCUGUGCCCUAAGGAAACAUUUGGUGAGGAGUGAAAAGAGGAGGAGUUUGUAUCUGAUUUUUCAUUUGAUUGUGUCCACGUGUGUUCAAAGGCAUGCCCUUUUGUUAACUGUGCGUCAUGAGUCCAUGUGUGAAUGUGACUAUGUCUGGCUGUGUGAAAAUGCAGGGCAUCUCUCACUGACAGGGACAUAAGUAUUAGCCACCCUCCUUUCCCUCUUGCUGGCCUUGGCUGUGUCUGUGGUUUCCUUUCCAGACUUGGGGGAGGCCUCUUCCCUUCACAGGGCCUUGGGUGGGAGGGAAGGAGGGAGGAGGCAGAAGCGGGGAGGGGGCCUGGCUAGGGGUGGUGGAGCUCCAGGGCUUAGAGGGGGCGGGGCAGGGAAGGGGAAGGAGGGGAUGGCUUUGGGGUCCCAGAACUGAGUGGAGUAGGAGACGGGGGCUGUAGCUGGUGAGAGGAAGUCCUGGAGGCCAUGGACACUCUGCCGCUGGGAUCACCGAGAUGAGCAGCGGCCGCUCAGGGCUGAGCAGGGUCCUGGUGGCCGUGGCUACAGCCCUGGUGUCUGCCUCCUCCUCCUGCCCCCAGGCCUGGGGCCCCCCAGGGGUCCAGUAUGGGCAGCCCGGCAGGUCCGUGAAGCUGUGUUGUCCUGGAGUGACUGCCGGGGACCCAGUGUCCUGGUUUCGGGACGGGGAGCCAAGGCUGCUCCAGGGACCUGACUCUGGGCUAGGGCAUGAACUGGUCCUGACCCAGGCAGACAGCACUGAUGAGGGCACCUACAUCUGCCAGACGCUGGAUGGUGCACUUGGGGGCACAGUGACCCUGCAGCUGGGCUACCCUCCAGCCCGCCCUGUUGUCUCCUGCCAAGCAGCUGACUAUGAGAACUUCUCUUGCACUUGGAGUCCCAGCCAGAUCAGCGGUUUACCCACCCGCUACCUCACCUCCUACAGGAAGAAGACAGUUCUAGGAGCUGAUAGCCAGAGGAGGAGUCCAUCCACAGGGCCCUGGCCAUGCCCACAGGAUCCCUUAGGUGCUGCCCGCUGUGUUGUCCACGGGGCUGAGUUCUGGAGCCAGUACCGGAUUAAUGUGACUGAGGUGAACCCACUGGGCGCCAGCACACGCCUGCUGGAUGUGAGCUUGCAGAGCAUCUUGCGCCCUGACCCACCCCAGGGCCUGCGGGUGGAGUCGGUACCAGGUUUCCCCCGACGCCUGCGAGCCAGCUGGACAUACCCUGCCUCCUGGCCGCGCCAGCCCCACUUCCUGCUCAAGUUCCGUUUGCAGUACCGUCCGGCACAGCAUCCAGCCUGGUCCACGGUGGAGCCAGCUGGACUGGAGGAGAUGAUCACAGAUGCUGUGGCUGGGCUGCCCCAUGCCGUACGAGUCAGUGCCCGGGACUUUCUGGAUGCUGGCACCUGGAGCACCUGGAGCCCGGAGGCCUGGGGAACUCCGAGCACUGGGACCGUACCAAAGGAGGUACCAGCUUGGGGCCAGCUACAUAUGCAGCCAGAGGUGGAGCCUCAGGUGGACAGCCCUGCUCCUCCAAGGCCCUCCCUCCAACCACACCCUCGGCUACUUGAUCACAGGGACUCUGUGGAGCAGGUAGCUGUGCUGGCAUCUUUGGGAAUCCUUUCUUUCCUGGGACUGAUGGCUGGAGCCCUGGCACUGGGGCUCUGGCUGAGGAUGAGACGGGGCGGGAAGGAUGGAUCCCCAAAGCCUGGGUUCUUGGCCCCAAUGAUUCCAGUGGACAGGCGUCCAGGAGCUCCAAACCUAUAGAGGACCCAGGAGGGCUUCGGCAGAGUCCACCUAUAAUUCUGUCUUGCUGGUGUGGAUGGAUGGACAGUAGAUCCCUAUGGUUGGGUCUCAGCUGGAAGUUCUGUUUGGAGCCCAUUUCUGUGAGACCCUGUAUUUCAAAUUUGCCAGCUGAAAGGUGCCUGUACCUCUGAUUUCACCCCAGAGUUGGAGUUCUGCUCGAGGAAUGUAUGUAAUGUGUACAUCUGUGUCCAUGUGUGACCAUGUGUCUGUGAGGCAGGGAACAUGUAUUCUCUGCAUGCAUGUAUGUAGGUGCCUGGGGAGUGUGUGUGGGUCCUUGGCUCUUGGCCUUUCCCCUUGCAGGGGUUGCACAGGUGUGAAUAAAGAGAAUAAGGAAGUUCUUGGAGAUUGUACUUA